AUGGGAAUGCGCCACCGUUAUUUGGCCGCUUUCAAGGCCGCUGACAAGGACCACAGCGGAACUCUCACACGCGACGAGUUGAAAACCGUUCUACUCGAAAGGAACAUUCCCCUUUCGGAAAUCGACAACCUCAUGGACCAACUUGACAUCAAUGGCGACGGUAUCAUUUCCUUGGGCGAAUAUAAACUUGCACUUGGAAUAUCAACUCAGCCAAUGGACCAAUGGAAGCUGUUGUUUGAAGAGUUGGACACCAACAAGUCUGGCGAAAUUGAAGUUCAGGAGUUGGCGGCGUUUUUGAAGGAGGCGAACAUGGAGUCACUGAUACCCACUCUAACUGACUGGAUGGAGGACUACGACACUAAUAACGACGGCAAAUUGCAGUACAAAGAAUUUCUGGGUUUUGUGGCCACCCUAGACGAUUGA